UAAAGUCGAUGACUUGUUAUCGAGGAGUGUAUAAUCGUUGUAUGCUUUGUAUACAUAAUUGUUUAAUAAUAAUUUUUUUUUGUGAAAGAUGGAUUUUAUAGAUGAUUUUAUUGAAGAAUAUAAAAAUAAUCCAUGUCUUUGGAAGGCCGACUGUGCAAAUUUCAAAAAUCGCGCGAAACGUCAGGAGGCCUACUUGAAAUUAAUAGAAGUAGCAGCAAAACAUGGCGAACACUACAAUAUUGAAAGGACCAAGCAAAAAAUUAAUAAUCUGAGAUGCGCGUUCCGGCAACAGCUAAAGAAGAUUAUUGAAUCUAAGAAUAAAGGAGAAAAAGAAGAGCCGUAUUGUCCCAAGCGCAGAUAUUUUGAGUCCCUGAUGUUUUUAAAAGAUGAAGAGAACCUGGAAAGGAAAACGAAGCGUUGUGGCGUAAAUGGUCCAUCAAGUACGGAAGAUAUCGAAACAAGUGUGUUGGAACAAGCAUUCAACGCAGAAGCGAUCAUUGAACCGCCAUUAGUUAAAGGCAAACUUCCCCACAAUGUAUCAACAGAUAGUAUGGGUGAAAUAGAGCCAUCUUCAAAGUCGCUUUCGCAAAAUGAUUUAUUAGAAGAGCAAACAAUAGAAGAAAGUUAUACGGAGUUCAGCGACGAAGUUCACAACAAAAUAAAUGACCUGAUACCUUUCGAAAGAAAUAUAAAAGAGUCAAAAGCCUAUGAAAGUGAAAAGGAAACCACUUUCUUAGCGGAAUCUGAUAACUCCCGAAAGAGGUCUUCAUCUACAUCCUCCUUACUAUCAAAGGAAGCUGAACCUGCUCACAAAAGAGUUUUCAAAGUGGAAACUCCUACGAUAGAUUUGGAGAAACUUUUGUCUUUGACAUGUAAAAGCCAUAAUAACACAAUGGAAGAUCAUUAUACAAGUUUCGGAAAAAUUAUUGCACACAAGCUUCGGACGAUGGAUACUUCUCAAGCUAUUUAUGCUGAAAAAAUUAUCACAGAUGUUUUGUUCCACGGUCAGAUGAAAAUGUUAUCUGUAUCGAGUAUAAACCAGUUUUUAAAUGUUAAUUACUCGGAUAUGUGCGAACCAGUUCGCUGCAAUAAAUAAUUUUUUAAGUAUAAGCAAAUGACUCUCAUUAAUCAGAUUGAAUUCGGUACCAAAUUUUUAUUAAUACCCUCUAUAAUGAAUGCACGAUACGAUUCCGUCUUCUCAAGUUGUGUUAUAAAGUUAUAUUUAUUUUCAAACUAUUCUUAAAGUUUAACAUCAAUUGUUUACCGCUGAAAUUAUGUUGAUAAAACUUGUUUAACCAAAAAGGACGAAACAUUGAUACUUUGUUAUAAAUAUCUAGUUCAUGCUCUUACGAAAUUUAAUUUAUCUUAUACCAGUCCAAAGUAUCAGGCUUCGUUGCAGAUGCAUUCAACAUGCUGUGCACAUCGCUGAACAUUUCAUUGCAGAUGUUAUCCUCAAGCUGAAAUUAAUUUUUAUUCAAGUUGUAUAAAGUUUAAACGUGCAAUGGUAAGAUAAAAAUGUACCUGCAAUGAAGAUACCAGAUUAUCCGGGCAAUCUAUGCCACUUAAGGCAUUAAGGCUUCCUGAUUCUAAAAACAGAUAAAUAAUAAUUAACAUUUUGAAAAAUCUAUUGAACUAGUAUUUUGUUCUGGAGUAGAGUUUCUAGAAUUAAGUCAGAUUUGGAUAAUAUAUUUAAACAAAAUCUAAAAUAUACCAACUUCCCCAACAAAAGGUCAGUUUUUCAAUGCACAUUGUUGUUGUUGUUGUUGUUGUAGCAGUAUCAAUGCACAUUAAAAAUUAUCAGUUAAAACCAAA